AUGAGCGGGGAUGGGGCAGGGCGGGCCUCCGUGGCGGAGGCCGCGGCCGAGGCCGCCGAUGGCGGCGCCUCGGGCUGGGCUGCCGCCGCCGCAGCCGCCGAGGCGGCCGCCGCCAGCCCGCCCGACGGCUGGGGCGCGCUAGCGGCCAGCGCCGCGGCGUCGGCGGAGAGCGCCAUGGAGGGCGCCGAGGCGGAGGUUGCCGUGGCUCCCGCCGACGGCGCUGGCCCUGCGGACGUGUUCGGCCACGCGCUGACGUCCGCGGAACUGGCGCCUGCUGGCAGCGUGGCUGCGCGGCGCAAGGCGGUGUGGCACCCGCUCGGGCAUCUUCGGAAGCGGCUCCGAGAUGCGUGGGGUCUACGCGUCGCUGCUGGUGGGCGUGAGCAGCCGCUGCCAGCCGUGGAGGCGGCGCUGGCUGCCGCCCACGACGCGGUCGUCGACGAGGACGACUGGGCGCUCUUCGGGCCCAGCGACGAGGAGGAGCAGCUCGACGCGGAGGCCGAUGCCAUCGCAGGCCCAGUCGCGCAUGCCGACGCGGACGUGGCCUUGGCAGCUGUGGCCGGCGCGCCAGUGCGGGCGCCCACGCGGGCCGAGGCUCGAGUGGAGCUUGCGCAGCUCGUGGAGCAGACGUGCGCGAUCGCGGAGGCGAAUUCGCGCGCGGAGCGGGACUUCGUCGCAGCGCGCAUGACGCUGCCAUUCCACCAGGAGUGCAGCAACCUCGGCGUUGGCCACCGCCGCGCUGAUGGCAUCCUGCGCGCUGUUGCCGCCGCGUGCGUGUCGGUGCAGAAUCGGGACGUGUGCAAGAUGAUUCGCCAGUUGACGCGAUCCAUCUUGGAGCGAGGUGGCCGAGCACUGACGUGGUCAGAAAGCGUCAGGUAUGACGAGACGCCGAUGCACAUGCGGCUCACGGACACCGAGAAGGCGGCGCCAGCAGCAGUGGACUCAGCCAUGCCAGCGGCCAUCGUGCCCGCCGACGGGCCGCUGAGGCUGGCGCCGAUCAGCGCCAGCUGCUCGAGCUCGCACGUCGCCAAGAUCUCGAACACUGAGCGGGUCUUCUCGAUGCUGUACCACAUCCCCGACGUCGGGUACGUCGGCGUGCGCGUGCCGCUGGAGACGCCCAUCCAGUCCUUGAGCAGGACCACAGGCGAGGUGCUCUACGACGCGCUCAAGGCCAGCCGUCCGCCGAUAGAGGACGACGUGCUGCAGCAGUCCGGCCGACGACAGCGGCUGGUUUGCACGGACGGCGCGAGCGGGAUCACCAAGAUGGAGUCAAAGUGCGAGGUGCACGUGGUCUUCAAGUGGCACACGUGCGCGUUCCACCACGUGAAGGCCGACACCAGCUGCAUGGUGCACGCGGCGAAGGCGCUGCGCUGGCAGGACGGCAUGCGCUCGUUCAGGGCCGCGCUCCGACAGGAGCUGCAGGACACGCUUCAGUACCGCUGCGACAUGUGGCCUUCGCCUGCGGACGUCGCCCGCAACACCAAGUGCUUGGACCUCUUCUUGUCGGAGACGUCGGCCCAUCGGCGACUUCGUCGCGUCGUCAUCCUCUCGCUGGCGACCCGGGACUGGACCGAGAG